CAUAAAACGGAGAACUGUCGUUACGUAAAUUACAAGUGCAAAAAGUGCAAAAAGAAGGGUCACUUACGUAAGAUGUGUAACCUGAAGUACGUUGAGUCAGAGGAGGUGAGCGAGGAUGAUGAUGUGCUCGCAGAUUAAAUAUUACGGCGGAGUAAACAGAUGUCCAUUCAUUACGGACGAGUUAGUUUUAUAUAAAAACUUUACAAAUAAAAAUCAUUUCACUUGGACCCUGGGAACAAUAGUAAAAAACUUAGGUCGUGUGCUUUAUCUUAUAAAGGACAAUAAAACAAACAAAAUAGUGAAAAGACAUGUUAACCAAGUUGUUAAAUAUAAGGGCCGAGUCACACCGACAACCGUGAGUCACCCCGAGCCAAACAAAACACCGGAAGUCUUCAGCGAGUCUUCACCUCCUGACGUACCGCCCAUUUUUGAUGUCGGGCCACAGCUCACCGUACCAUCUACUGGGGUGCCUAACAUAUUAGCUGGUGGACCGGAGGCAAUGACUAGGCAAUCCCCGUCACACGAGCCUGCAGGCCUGAAUAACGAAGGGGAACCAACAAUGGGGGAGGAGGAACAUGCGAGGCCCCUCGACACGCCGUCUGUGGCCGCGCCUGCAAGCCCGGCCCCUGCGCCUGCGCCGCCAACCGCCGCCAGCCGCACGCCGCCGCUGCCGGCCGCCGCCGCCGCCGCAGCGGACGACGCGCCUCCCGAGUCCGCGGACCCACCGGCCGCGUCCUCACGGCUCAAGCGGGCUCGCCCGCGUUUUGAUUAUAAACAGUACUUCUAAGUUGGUUGGACUGUGCUAGUUUUAAGUUAGAGUAAGGAACUAUGGGGAAGGGAUUGUUGUGUAUGCAUGCAUAGGUAGAUGUAAGUACGCAUGGUGGCUGCGCCCACCGCGAUAUAAACCAGGUAACGGGUUAAAUAAAUCAGUUCGCUAA